AUGAGUAAAGCUAAAAUUUCAAUGUUAAAAAAUGUUCCUAUUCCUUCAUCAUUUACAAUUAAUAGAAAUAUAAGAAGAUUUAAUAUGGCAGAAUAUGAUAGAAAAAUAUUCUUUUCAUUCAAUUUGUUUUCUCUUUUUCUGUUUACACUACCAAUUCUUUACAUAUCUAAAGUUAAUUAUAAUAUAUGUGAAGAAAAUAAGAUAAUAUACGACAAAUUAAGUAAUAAUGGAUUAAAGAUUACAAAAAGUAUUUUUUUACAUUGA